AUGGAGCCGGUCGAGCGGGCGGGAGGCGGGGAGCCCCCGGAGCCGGGCGGGCGUCCCGGGCUGGGCCCGAGGGGCUUCGUCCCGCAGAAGGAGAUCGUCUACAACAAGCUGCUGCCCUACGCCGAGCGGCUGGACGCCGAGUCCGACUUGCAGCUGGCCCAGAUCAAGAGCAACCUGGGCCGGGCGGUGCAGCUUCAAGAGCUGUGGCCCGGAGGCCUCUUCUGGACCAGGAAACUCUCCACAUAUAUUCGACUUUAUGGGAGAAAAUUUAGCAAAGAAGAUCAUGUUCUUUUUAUUAAGUUAUUGUAUGAGCUGGUAUCAAUUCCAAAACUGGAAAUCAGCAUGAUGCAGGGAUUUGCCCGUCUCUUGAUCAACUUGUUAAAGAAAAAGGAACUUCUUUCAAGAGAUGAUUUGGAGUUACCUUGGAGACCACUUUAUGACAUGGUAGAAAGAAUAUUAUAUUCUAAGACAGAGCACCUGGGAUUAAAUUGGUUUCCGAAUUCUGUAGAAAAUGUUCUCAAAACACUCGUGAAAAGCUGCCGACCAUAUUUUCCAUCAGAUGCCACAGCUGAAAUGCUAGAAGAAUGGAGGCCUUUAAUGUGCCCUUUUGAUGUAACAAUGCAAAAGGCCAUCACUUAUUUUGAAAUAUUUCUUCCUACCUCCCUCCCUCCAGAACUUCAUCAUAAAGGUUUUAGACUUUGGUUUGAUGAAUUAAUUGGCCUUUGGGUUUCAGUGCAAAAUCUCCCACAGUGGGAGGGGCAAUUGGUAAAUCUCUUUGCUCGAUUGGCUACAGAUAAUAUAGGGUACAUAGACUGGGAUCCAUAUGUACCAAAGAUAUUUACAAGAAUUCUGAGAAGCCUGAACCUCCCAGUGGGAAGUAGUCAAGUGUUAGUCCCAAGGUUUUUAACAAAUGCUUAUGAUAUAGGACAUGCUGUAAUAUGGAUCACCGCCAUGAUGGGUGGACCAAGUAAGCUAGUGCAAAAACACUUAGCUGGUUUGUUUAACAGCAUCACAUCUUUUUACCAUCCUUCAAAUAAUGGGCGCUGGCUGAACAAGUUAAUGAAACUACUUCAGCGGUUGCCAAACAGUGUUGUUAGAAGAUUGCAUCGUGAAAGAUACAAGAAGCCCUCUUGGUUAACUCCUGUGCCCGAUAGCCAUAAGCUUACUGAUCAGGAUGUUACAGACUUUGUACAGUGCAUAAUUCAGCCUGUCCUCCUGGCUAUGUUUAGCAAAACUGGUAGUCUAGAAGCAGCCCAGGCUCUGCAGAAUCUUGCACUCAUGAGACCUGAGUUAGUAAUACCCCCUGUACUUGAAAGAACAUAUCCUGCACUAGAGACAUUAACAGAACCUCACCAGCUUACAGCUACUUUAAGUUGUGUAAUUGGAGUAGCCCGCAGUUUGGUAUCAGGGGGCAGAUGGUUUCCUGAAGGUCCAACACACAUGCUACCUCUGUUGAUGAGGGCAUUGCCUGGGGUGGAUCCAAAUGACUUUAGUAAAUGCAUGAUCACAUUCCAGUUUAUAGCAACAUUUUCUACUCUGGUGCCUUUAGUCGAUUGUUCAUCUGUACUGCAAGAAAGAAAUGACCUCACAGAAGUAGAACGAGAACUUUGCUCAGCCACAGCUGAAUUUGAGGAUUUCGUCUUACAGUUUAUGGACAGAUGCUUUGGACUUAUAGAAAGUAGCACAUUGGAGCAGACUAGAGAAGAGACAGAAACUGAGAAAAUGACUCACUUGGAGAGUUUGGUGGAAUUAGGUCUGUCUUCUACAUUUAGCACAAUCCUCACACAAUGUUCCAAAGAAAUAUUUAUGGUGGCCCUUCAGAAGGUUUUUAAUUUUUCUGUUUCACAUAUAUUUGAAACAAGAGUAGCAGGUCGAAUGGUGGCAGACAUGUGCCGUGCUGCUGUAAAGUGCUGCCCAGAAGAAUCGUUGAAGCUGUUUGUUCCCCACUGCUGCGGUGUUAUAAAUCAGCUUACAAUGAAUGAUGAUGUAUUGAAUGAAGAAGAACUAGAUAAGGAAUUACUAUGGAACCUUCAACUUUUGUCUGAGAUUACUCGAGUGGAUGGGAAGAAGUUGCUUCCUUACAGGGAGCAGCUUGUAAAGAUUCUCCAAAGAACCCUACAUUUAACCUGUAAGCAGGGUUACACUCUGUCCUGUAACCUUUUGCAUCAUCUUCUUCGUUCUACUACACUUAUCUACCCUACAGAAUACUGCAGUGUGCCAGGUGGCUUUGAGAAGCCUCCAUCUGAAUACUUUCCUAUCAAGGAUUGGGGUAAACCUGGGGACUUGUGGAAUCUGGGAAUCCAGUGGCAUGUUCCUUCUUCAGAAGAAGUGUCUUUUGCCUUCUAUCUGUUGGACUCCUUUCUUCAGCCUGAGCUCAUCAAACUCCAGCACUGUGGGGAUGGAGAACUUGAAAUGUCUAGAGAUGAUAUUCUACAGAGUCUGAGUAUAGUGCACAACUGUUUAAUUGGUUCAGGAAACCUCCUACCUCCAUUGAAAGGAGAACCAGUUACUAAUUUGGUACCAAGUAUGGUGUCCUUGGAAGAGACAAAGUUGUAUACUGGACUCGAAUAUGAUCUAUCCAGAGAGAACCACCGAGAAGCAAUUGCUAGGGUCAUAAGGAAACUUCUUAAGUACAUACUUGAAAAUUCAGAAGAUGAUACAAAGUCAUUGUUUCUUAUCAUAAAGAUUAUUGGAGACCUCUUGCAAUUCCAAGGAUCUCACAAGCAUGAAUUUGACUCCCGAUGGAAAAGCUUUAACUUAGUAAAGAAAUCAAUGGAAAAUCGGCUCCAUGGGAAAAAACAACAUAUCAGAGCACUAUUGAUUGACAGGGUAAUGUUGCAGCAUGAGCUAAGAACACUAACUGUUGAGGGUUGUGAAUACAAAAGGAUACAUCAAGAUAUGAUCAGAGAUCUUCUUCGUUUAUCUACAAGUUCGUAUAGUCAGGUCAGAAAUAAGGCUCAACAAACAUUUUUUGCUGCCUUGGGAGCGUAUAACUUCUGUUGCAGAGAUAUCAUUCCCUUAGUUUUGGAGUUCUUACGGCCCGACAGACCAGGUGUCACACAACAACAGUUCAAGGGUGCUUUGUAUUGUCUCCUUGGAAAUCACAGUGGUGUGUGCUUGGCAAACCUUCAUGAUUGGGACUGUAUUGUACAGACUUGGCCAGCAAUUGUUUCUUCAGGGCUUAGCCAAGCAAUGUCCCUGGAAAAGCCAUCAAUAGUGAGACUAUUUGAUGAUCUUGCAGAAAAGAUUCAUAGGCAAUAUGAAACAAUUGGCUUGGACUUCACAAUUCCAAAGUCUUGUGUUGCAAUAGCAGAAUUACUUCAGCAGUCAAAAAAUCCCUCUGUCAACCAGAUAAAUCUUAGCCAAGAAACAAUUAAAGAAGGACUUGAACGCCAACAGGAAAAGAAUGCUGAUGCCCUAAGGAACUAUGAAAAUUUGGUAAAUGCUUUGCUAGAUGGUGUGGAGCAAAGAAAUCUGCCCUGGAAAUUUGAACAUAUAGGCAUUGGGCUUCUGUCUCUACUCUUGAGAGAUGACCGAGUGUUGCCUCUUCGUGCCAUAAGGUUUUUUGUUGAGAAUCUCAACCAUGAUGCAAUCGUAGUUCGAAAGAUGGCUAUCUCAGCUGUUGCUGGUAUUCUCAAACAGCUAAAAAGAACCCACAAAAAGCUGACCAUCAACCCCUAUGAAAUCAGUGGAUAUCCUAAACCCACCCAAAUUCUUGCUGGUGAUAGGCCUGAUAACCAUUGGUUGCACUAUGAUAGCAAAAGUAUACCAAGAACUAAAAAAGAAUGGGAGUCAAGUUGCUUUGUGGAAAAAACUCACUGGGGUUACUACACCUGGCCAAAGAAUAUGGUUGUUUAUGCUGGUGUGGAAGAGCAGCCUAAGCUUGGCAGAAGCAGGGAGGAUAUGUCAGAGGCAGAACAGAUUAUAUUUGAUCAUUUUUCUGAUCCUAAAUUUGUUCAACAGUUAAUAACUUUUCUAUCUUUAGAAGACAGAAAAGGAAAAGAUAAGUUUAAUCCCCGACGUUUUUGCCUCUUUAAGGGUAUAUUCAGAAAUUUUGAUGAUGCCUUUCUGCCAGUUUUGAAGCCCCAUUUAGAACGUUUAGUUGCAGAUUCACAUGAAAGCACCCAGCGAUGUGUUGCAGAAAUUAUAGCUGGUUUAAUCAGAGGUUCUAAGCAUUGGACAUUUGAAAAG